CCCUCUCAAACUUCAAAGAAACAAAUCCUCCGUCGCUUCGAGCUCAUAUGAGGUGGCCACCACUUGGCUUGACCACCAAUAGAGGGCGUUCCAAGGGAGCACCUAGCUUCCUUCCAUGUUGAAGUGGCGCUCUUUAUAGUUGACGUGGGGUGCAACACGAAUAUUUGCAUCUUGACAUUGAAAGGCUCGUGCAGCAUUGGACGAAUCAGCCCCCAGCGGAAAGCAAUGCAUGCUUCAGAGAUCACGUGCCAGAGAGGCUUAGCUGCAUUACAUUCUACAGCAGCUAGGAAAAGCAGCAUCUCUCCACAACAUUCUCACACUCUUUGGAGCCUAAAGAGGAACAAGUUAUGUUCUUCGGACGCGCAGCAUGAUAGGUCUUUUCACUGCUAUCAAGGAGAACAGAUUAAACGAGGCUACCUAGAUUUUCCUAAUCAGCUGCCGCCUCCAGACCCUCUGAAAGCCACUCGUAUAAACGGAACUGGAAAUCCGCAAACUAAACCCUUCGUCACAGAGCGCCAGUGCCAAUGCCAAGCAAGACUACUCAACGCCCUUCUUUCGCGUCAGAAGGCUCAGAAAAUGAGCUCGCGUCUAGUUAGUGCAGCCGCGUCCAGUGGUAGUGACGCCGGAAUGGACGAGGGGCCUUCCUCAUCACAGGCAAGUUGCGACGUGGACACAGUCGGGGACGCGCUUCUGCAAUGGAAGAUGGCGCGCAUGACGGAGGGGGGCCAGUCGCUGGACUGGGGCAGGUACCACUUACAGGUAAUGUUUGUUGACCGGUACCAUAUGGUGCGCGCGCGUUUGGUCGAGGGGUUGUUCACGCGCAUUGCGUCCUGGAACGGAGCGGGCUUGGCGCUGCAGCCGCAUUCAUCCGGGAUCGACCCGGCCGAAGGGGACUCGCCUCCAAGCCGCCUGCUAGAAGAAGCGGGACGGCUACGGAUCGGGCAAUACAUUGUCACGGAGCCUCCAACGCGUUUCCAACGUAGCGAUCUGGACAUGCACGACAUGAUCGUGGCCGUCGAUAUCGGCGUGCGGGACGAGAUCAUGCGAAUGGUUGCCGACGAGUCCCCCGACGAGCAGAGCACCUACGGCCACAAAGUGCGUUUGCUGAUGGACUUUGCUAACUACGGGAGCGCGUCGAAUCUGGAAGACGAGUUGGCCGAGUUGAUGGAGUCUGCCCUACCCGGCGCCCGUAGCUCGCUCGAAAUUGAAAGACCGUACAUGCGAGAGUGGGCUGCUUGGCGAAGCAUGGUAGCGAUCAUGGUGUUGUCGUGCUCGGGGCUGGUCCGGUUCCUGCUUGACCAGUAUCCGGACGACCUGCCAGACUAUGAUCCAGUUGAUUGACCAAUGAUGGAUCGGAUGCAACUUGCGUAUCUGAAACCCUCAUGCUACCAGUGCAGACGCGUCAAAUCUCCAACAGACAAUGAGUACAUGAAUGAAUGAGCUAGUGGCUUGACAUCUUUGAUACAGCUUUGAGGUGCAUGGUUCAAAUUUUAGAUUCAC